CUCGUUUGAAAGACGUCUUCUGUUCACUUCGGAAUUUUUAAAAAAAUGACUGAAACUCCUCUACUGAAUAUUACCUCCUCAAACCAGAGUGAAAACAGAAGCAAUUCAGCUAUUUGCCCAGAGCAGGAUGACUGGUGGGACAUCGUGUAUUAUAUAGUGCCCAAGUACCUCGACGCUGUCUGUGCUAUUGGAAUGCCUGGAAAUGUAUUUGUUCUCCUCAUUUAUUCACUGCACAAGGGCCCCCUGAAGAUAGCUGAAAUCUACCUGAUGAACCUAGCUGUUGCUGAUCUUAUCUUCCUCAUGGGCCUCCCUUUCUGGGCAGAGAACAUCAGGAAUGAAUUUAACUGGCCAUUUGGCAGUUUCCUUUGCCGCAGCAACAGCGCAUCCAUCAGCCUAAACAUGUACACCAGCAUCUACUUGCUGGUGGCAGUCAGCGUGGAUCGCUACUUGACUCUUGUCCAUACCUUGAACCACAGACGGAUACGGAGCAAAACUAUUGCCAAAGGGAUCUGCUUGCUCAUCUGGUUCUUUGGCAUCCUCCUCAGCAUCCCAGUUUUUAUGUUUCGGACUGUGAAAGACUAUCCCCUGUGGAAUAUUUCAGCAUGCACUUUGGACUUCCCCACCCCAUCGUGGAAAACAGCUGAAAGCCUGGUACGCAGUGUAGUGGGGUUUGUGUUGCCAUCUACAGCAAUUAUCUCCCUUAAUUUCUCUACCAUUAGGUCCCUACAAAAAAAAACAAGAGCACGAAGAGCGCUCGGGACAAAGGACUGCAAGGGGCACAAAGGCACGAAAGCUACCAGGCUGAUCCUCACAGUGAUACUGAUGUUUCUUUUCUGUUGGACUCCUCACCAUUUUUUUGUAUUCCUUGAUACAUUGCACCAUACGGAAGUGAUCAAAGGCUGCUUCUGGGAGGAACUGCUCAAUUUUGGGGAGCAGUUUGCUUAUAUGCUGGCUACCACCAACAGUUGCAUUAACCCUGUGAUUUAUGUCUUUGUUGGGAAAUUCUUCAGGCAAAAGGCUUUAGAAGUUUUUUCGCAGUUUAUUCCCUGUGGAUUUCCUUUGAAAUGGGUAUCUUUGAAAGAAAUGUCAUCAAAUUUCAAUGUGUUUUCAGUCAGGAGUAGUUUAACUUAAUGAAUAUCAUUUCCAUCUUCAUUUUUAUAUUGCAACUUAUUUAAUGUCAUUGUAAAUAGCA